CCACCGAAAUAUCAGAUUUCCGAUUAUUGAGAGAAAGCGACGGACGCAGAUUCGCCGGAGCCAGAUUCCUUUCCCGGCGAGCUCCGAGAGAAAACGAAUCAAUCGGAAGCCUGACCGGAGCCGAUAAUCUCAUUCUUCUCUAGAAAAUCUCGCCGGAAAAUCUCGCCGGAGCUGAUUGAUUUUCCUCAUUUUCUCAUCUUGUUUAAGAAAUUAGCAAUGAAGAGAGGUAAAGCGGCGAGGAAAUCUCCGUCGAUGGUGGCGGUUAGCGAUUGGGAGGGUGUUGAUUCCGGCGAAGAGACGAGAAUCGAACGGAGGUUGAUGAAGUUCGAGGAAUUGCCUGGGUAUUUGAAGGAUAACGAGUUUAUUUACGACCAUUAUCGAUGUCAAUGGUCUCUCAAGGAUACUUUCCUCAGUGCUUUCUCUUGGCAUAACGAGACUCUCAAUAUUUGGACGCACUUAAUCGGAUUUCUGAUAUUUCUCUGGUUGAUGGUGGUGAGUUCCUUAGAAACGACGGAGCUUGGCCUCGCCGGAAUAUUCAAAUGCAUGACCGGAGCGUGGAUGUACGUCUCGAGCAAUCAUACUCUGCUUCAUCAUGACUCCAACGUGACAAAACACAACUCACUUAUCAACUCUAAAGGAGAAGUGAACCAUCACAACCACGAAGAAUCUGUUCCGAAAUGGCCAUGGCUCUUGUACUUAGCAGGAGCAAUGGGUUGCUUAAUCUGCAGCUCUGUUUCACACCUCCUCGCUUGCCACUCAAAACGUUACAACCUCUUCUUCUGGCGUUUGGACUACGCAGGAAUCUCACUCAUGAUCGUUUCCUCUUUCUUCGCACCUAUCUACUACGCAUUUUCCUGCAAUCCUAACUUCCGUAUCUUCUACUUGUCCUCAAUCUCAGUCCUCGGUCUCCUCGCCAUCAUCACUCUCCUCUCUCCAGCUCUCUCAACGCCGCGUUUCAGGCCUUUCAGGGCAAGUCUUUUCCUUGCGAUGGGAUUCUCAAGUGUGAUUCCAGCUUCUCAUGUGCUUUGCCUUUACUGGGGUCACCCUAACGUGUUCCUCGCCCUCGGUUGCGAGCUUGCCACUGGCUUCUCUUACGCUUUGGGAGCAGCGUUUUAUGUUAGUCGUGUGCCUGAGAGAUGGAAGCCUGGAGCGUUUGAUAUUGCAGGACAUAGCCAUCAGAUAUUCCAUGUGUUUGUAGUGUUAGGUGCUCUUAUUCAUUGUGUUGCCACUCUUCUCAUUGUGGAUUUUCGACGUGCGUCCCCUUCUUGUGGGUUUUAGCCAGAAAGUAAAAGCAUUUGUGAUCUUUCAUUCAA